AUGCCCACCUUAUACGUUUCUCAAACAGAUCCCAUUACUGGACGUACGACCAUCGAACUGAUAGACUCUGAAGAACACAGUUUUCAGUCUGGACCUGAGCGUUCGCUCUCUGUCAAGCUUGACUCUAUCAUCACACGCGCUUCGAGAUACUUAGACUCAGACGAAGCACCACCUCACUACCUGCUCGCUCAACUUCCGAACUCUCAGACCGCUUGUCCCCUAUUCACUGUCAUACCUUCAGAAAUCCGACACUACAUCUUCCACCUCGCCCUCCUCGAGCAAGAUGACGUCUCCCAUCCUAUCCCGCUCCACUCCGACAUCCACCGCCCCUCCAUCCAAUUUCCCAAGAUAUUCCCUGGAAUGGGACUUCUCCGCACCUGCAAGCUCAUCUACCUGUCCACCCACCUCCUCCCCAUCCUCACCACCACGCACCGUGACUGGCAACAAUUCCCAGGACCUCCGUACACUGUCAGCGUUCCAGCCGGCAUCAGAGCGAAGAAUACGCGAGAGAGAUGGGCUCUGAUGACGAAGGAGCAGAAAAGGGCGGUGGUCAGGAUACAUGUUUACGCCUCGCAGUAUUGGCUGGAGAGGGAGUGUUAUCCUUUUAAUCCGGAUUAUCGGAAAAUGAGGCUGGCAGGCUUGAAGCCGAGGAGUUUUGCUGUUACGGUUCGGUGGGAUGACUGGUCGAAGCUAGGGAGGAGUGACGACGACAACAGCGGUGGGGGCGAUGACGAUGGGGGUAUGAGAGCGCAUGUUUCACACUAUGAGGAGAAAUGGAGAGCUUGGUUCAGCACUUUCGGUGAGAGCCUGGAGGAGAUGGUCAUGGAGCUCGAAACGACGGAGGAGAAGAAGGACGAGCUCGAGAGAGAAGUGGAACGUCUGAGAAAGUGGAGGCUAGGGCCAUUGGGAGAUGGAGGAAAGGUUUGGGGGACGGAUGAAGUGGAGGUGAAGAGAGAGAUCUGGAAAGGAUUUAUUUCCGGUGUGGAAGAAACUCCAGGCGACCGUACGAUGAUGCAGAAUUACUAUGCGGCGACGGUAACGUGGAAGCCUCUGAGUGAGGAGCCGAGCUUGUAGAAACGUUUUCUUCGCAUAUCUUUUCUUGCUCUCUUCAUAAUCUGCUGGGAUCCGC